GGCUCGAGCCGUCGAUUCACACCUUGCCCGUGUCCGAAGAGCACGCAUUCACGUUACCUUUUGCGGCGCCCAUGGCGCCCGUUCUGACCAGCCUUUUGGUGGUCGCCGCUUCCUUCUCCCAGGCAGCCGCGAUCGAACUGGACAAUAUCGCUGGGGAUUUUUCCUUCGGGCCCAUGCCAUCCGACGCCCCCGUGUGGUGCAAGAACGAGACUGGGCUGACCUGGAAGCAGAGGAAGGAGCGCAUGGAGCAGCACGCCACCCUCGAGUGGGCCAAGAAGCAGACUAAGCAACUCAUCGAGCAGAACGAGACGGUUCCCGAGUGGAUGGACAAGCUCGUCUCCGACGACGAGAAGAGGGGGAAAGCGAAGUGGGCCGCGCAAGAGGUCAAGCGCUUGAGAGCCGAGGGCAAGGACGUGCCCCAGUGGAUGGCCGACCUCGAAUCGGAAGACCUCAAGUGGGCAAACCGUUGGGCAGCGUGCAAGAGCGCUGAGUUGAGGGCCGCAAGCGAGGACGUGCCGGUCUGGAUGGCCGAGAACGCCAGGAAGGGAAUUCUGGAGGCUGCGCAGGAGAAGGCCGAAGAGCUCCAAGAGCAGCUCGAGGAGCUCGAGGAGGAGAAGGAGGAGGAGACGGCGCUGGUCAGCGCCGAGGGCGAUGUCACCGUGGCCAUCGGAUAAGAUAAGUCUGCAUGAGCAAAAACUGUCGGAGGACUGCGCGGAUUUCCUGGCUCAAUCCGCGUGGCCCUCCGCAGAAGUUUUUGUCGUUGCGGGUUCUUCUUCUUCCAGGCCAACCAGAAGCUGCUGGCCAGGAGCAGGAGAGUGAUCGGCACGACCCUGUCCCAGCAGACACAUGUGCUCGAGGUGGCCCUGGAGGAGCUCGACAUGGCCGAGGGCCAGCUCCGCCGCGACAGCACGGAGGCCGGGGAGGCCAAGAAGGUGAAGCAGGCCCUGUGGAAGGCGAAGGCCGCGUCCUCGCUGCUCCGGGACAUCCUGGACAGCAAGGCGAGCCUGCUGAAGACGGGGGCUGCCUGAGCGCGGCCUCUCUUCUUCGUGCGCAGCCUUCUCACAGCUCACUCCAUCGCCGCCGCCUCCGCCUCCGCCUCCCCCCGCUGUAUCUUCCUGCCUCCCCCACGCGUGCAGCGCGCUCCGCUCGGCCAGGCGUGCUCUCCCGUCCAGUACGAGCCCCGCUCACAGAAACGGGGAGCAGGAGCAGCAGGAGGCGACCUCGAACCUAGGGCGAGAGCCAGCAUCCAACGUGCUUGCCCACGAUGCGGCAAUUGACGACGCCACAGCGCGAGAAGUGGAAAUCCCGAGGAUCCGCGUGGUGACAUUCGGCUCGGCUGGGCGAUCUAGACCAUGCGCACGGUCCUCGUAGCCUCCCUCGUGAAUCAUGUCUUUUCGAAUGAGCGGUGCUCGAGGUAAGCGCUGCCAUUAUAUGAUAGACGUAGUUGCGCCUCGUGCCUGCCUAGUCGAGUUGCGUCGCCGCGCAGGGAA